AUGAGCCACUAUCUUUUUUCUUCGAAGCCGUUAGCGACAGACUAUCCAGACCCUCCUCUUCAGUACCCCGUGUUCCCGCUGUAUGAGCUUUCCGACCCGCCUCCACAUUGGCGUUUCGCCGGUCACAGGCCAGAUGAAACUGUUCGUGCUCGCAGAUUCAGACGACCGCAACUAGAGGCGAUGUUAAAAUAUCACUCAUAUGGAAUCGAAAUGGGAAUGAACUCACGCUCUACAAACGAGAGAGUUGUCAGGGCCAUUAUGAAACUCAUGUAUUACAUAGCGGAUGAGCACCGACCUUCAUCAUGGGCCGAGCUAGCUGAUUUCACCCGGGAUGCUGGCCCUCGUCUUUUACGGCUCAAGAUCGAUUACCCGUCGUGUCCUUUGCCUAUUAGCCGACACCACCCUGAGCUCCCAGCCCCAGACGCUGUAACGCAUCCAGAAUACGUUAGGCCCCCCGAGGCACCCGCGAGUUUACCCGACUCCUAUGUUGAACGGAAAUUACUUACAGCGAAUACAAACAGUCCCGACGCUGAAGAAGAGGAAGCCACGGGUGUUGCUGGUGGAGAUGGGGAGGAGGGUAAUGGGAAUGAUGACCGUGAUAAUCGGCGCAAGAAGAAAAAGACCAGGAAGACACAGGCAAAGGCGAGAGCGACGAAGGUAAAGAAGACAAAAAAGAAGAAUACAACAAAUGCACCUCCAACCUACAACGAACAAGCCGUCGUCGAAGCCGUCGAAAGGGCUGUUAUGCAGUUUGCAUAUGGUGACCUCAAGCGACAUCCUAGUGCUGCACCCCAAUUCCCGCGGCCCUCCAUCACUGCAACAACGGAGGGGGAUCUGCUGAAGUCAGUCAUUGGUUCCUUCUCAGCGAUAUCCGAUGUGACACUCAGCGAAGAUGCUAGUAAUCGCUUCAUACUGUCCCUCGACCCGAACGGAGCUGUUUAUCGUUAUCGGGGUCGAGGCCCUGUAUGGAACGCUCUUUCUUGUGCAGUUGAUAGCGUCAUUGUUGCGGGGAAGCUGCUUGAUGCUGGCUCCACUAUGAUUGAUCGCAAAGAAGAUGGAUGGCAGAACCGUUUCACAGAGGUCGAACGGGCAUUCAUCGAAGCCACGGACAUCAAUUGGGACGUUUGCUCCUGGCAACGGAGUAUGGAACUUCGAGAUCAAUUUUGGUGCUUGCUGGCAGCUGCCUCGCCGAAUAUUCAGCUCGCAAAACCUAACCCACCAGUUACUGUCUGGGCUGAAUGCACCAAGAAUUUCGCACAGUUUCAAUUCGCCUACGGUGAAGCAGGGACAACCUGUGCAUGUCAAGGAGCCAACCAGAUGAGCCAACAAGAGUGUUACCCGUCCCUUGUGAAGCCUCCAGUGGAAGAGGGUGAUCAGGAUGGUGUGUCGAUGCAAGAGGUUAUAGCUCGCUACUUUGCUCCCUAUCAUGUAAUGGAUUGUGCAUCUUGCGGUGCGAAGGAGGCAACUAUCCGCGCCAAGUCCUUUGACAGUCUCCCCUUGCGUAUGGCUGUGGCACUGGAUGAAUCCAUCUGGGUCCGGAAUCACACAGAAGAUAUACACUUUACCUACGAUGAUGGCUCUGACGAAGAAAAUACAGCACAUUACCGCUGGCUGGGGGGUGUUUACUUUCUGCAUACUAAUUUCCGCGUUUUCUGGACGGACAGUGAAAGGGGAGAAGCGAAUACGGGCGAGAUACGUACAUACGACCCCAUAAACGCGAUGGGCACGAUCGUGGGCGGGAUUCCACCAGAGAAGCCGGAUGACAGAGUGCCUGCAGCAUGGUGGCAUAAGAGGCCUAUCCCACUGCUGUUCUACGAGCGUGUCAUGGACCCCGAACCCGGUCUUCUUGAGGUGGCCCAAAAAUCAAUUCAUGAUAUGAUACUUGCUCAGAACCAGGAAAAACCGAUCUUUCACCACCAUACACCUUGGGCUCAGUCUGAUAUUCUUCUUGGUCAACCAUCCGAACCACUUUGGAUCCCUCUUCUCCCAACUGAUGGCAAUCGUUACCACACAUCUUCAGUCGCCUACCAGCCUGCUCCAUCGAAUGGCCAAGCUGAUACUCAGGCUCUACAGACUACGAACCAGCAGGCCUAUCCAUGGAUGCCCAUUUCACCACAGGCUGGAUUUCAACCUCAAGUUUACCCAUGGAUGCCAACUACACCAGGUACAAUAAAGCCCUCGCCUACCCAGGCGAGCACAACUCCAGCAGUCAACAGUGUGUACCAAACGGUGAGCCCGCCGAUGGAUCCAAUUUUCAGCAAUGUGCCAUCAUCUUUCAAUACCCCAAUGCAAGCCCUGAAUGCUGGCCUCCCGAUGUUCGGGUUUCCAGUACCGAAUUACGCCUCCACCUCGCCUCCCGGAAUGAUAAUUUCUCCCCAGGCGAUGAAUACCUCUCCGACGAACGCCCUUGUCUUGCAGAACACCAAUGAUACGAAUGCGCCUGCCUCAAAUAGCCCUGGCAAUUCGGCUGCAAACACGCAGACAUCGCUGCCAGCGACCGAUUCUAAUGCAAUGCAGAUCAGCCCCCCGCAGCAGACCAUACAGCCUGGCGCUUAUUUCUGGGCCCAACCGCAACUAGUAAGCCCUCCAAACCAGCAAACUACGAGUCAAUGGAUCAACUCGGCAAUGAGAAUAUCGAGGGCAUUCCAGCCGAGGGUAAUCCGGAUCUUUCGGAAGCGCAAAGUAGAAGAGGUGGAGGAGGAGGAGGAAGAUGAUAAUGACAAUAAGGGCGGGAAGUCUGAACCACCCAAGAAGAAGCAGAUGACUUCCACGCCAGCUUCUCAGAAGAAAAUAGAGUGA